UAGUUUCGAAGUAAAUAGUAUUUGACUUCGGCAGUGACGACUCAAAGUUAAUCAACCUACGUCGUACCCGCGCCGGCGCCGAAGAGUGGUUGGCUCGGGCAGAGCCCACCUUAGGGUUUCCUGCCGAGCUCUUCCUCUUGCUUCUAGCCUUCACGGCCGGCCCGUCUCUCAAUUUCUCAGAUCGCGACGCCGUUUCUUGCUCUUUUGGAUUCCCGCGGCGGAGUCGCUGGCGUCGGGAUGGGGUCUAGGCCGUGGCUGAACCCGGCGCCAAGCUACCACGUGCUGGAAUCGAGUUGGGAGACCGACGAUGACGCCCCAGGUCCCCGCUGCGGCCACUCCCUUACCGCUGUGGCCGCCACCAAGUCCCACGGGCCCCGACUCAUUCUCUUUGGCGGCGCCACUGCCAUCGAAGGCGGCGCUUCCUCUGCCGCUCCGGGCAUCAGGCUCGCUGGCGUGACGAAUUCGCUUCACUCGUACGACGUCAAAACGCGGAAAUGGACCAGGUUGCAUCCUGCGGGAGAACCGCCCUCACAGAGGGCUGCUCAUGCCGCCGCAGCUGUCGGUACUAUGGUUGUUUUCCAGGGUGGCAUUGGGCCAGCUGGGCAUUCGACUGAUGACCUUUAUGUUCUUGAUCUGACAAAUGAUAAAUUCAAGUGGCAUAGGGUGGUUGUUCAAGGACCUGGUCCAGGUCCUCGAUAUGGACAUGCAAUGGACCUAGUUGCUCAGCGUUAUCUUGUCACAGUUAGUGGCAAUGAUGGACAAAGAGUUCUAUCUGAUACUUGGGCAUUGGAUACUGCACAGAAACCUUAUAGAUGGCAGAAAUUAAACCCUGAAGGAGAUAGACCGACAGCCAGAAUGUAUGCCACUGCAAGUGCACGCUCUGAUGGCAUGCUUUUGCUAUGUGGGGGGAGAGAUUCUUCUGGAAUGCCUCUAUCUGAUGCUUAUGGACUGCUUAUGCAUACAAAUGGUAAAUGGGAGUGGACCCUUGCUCCUGGUGUGUCACCAUCUCCAAGAUAUCAGCAUGCAGCAGUUUUUGUAGGGGCUCGAUUGCAUGUUACUGGUGGGGCUCUCAAGGGAGGACGAAAUGUUGAAGGUGAAGCUUCCAUUGCUGUUCUGGACACUGCCGCUGGGGUGUGGUUGGACAGAAAUGGAGUUGUCACAUCUACUCGGACGUAUAAGUCACCAACUGAUAAUGAUGGUUCCUUAGAACUUCUACGCAGGUGUCGGCAUGCAUUGGCCUCUGUUGGGACUCAAGUAUAUGUUUUUGGUGGUCUAAAGGGAGAUGUUCUACUUGAUGAUUUUCUGGUUGCCGAAAAUUCUACUUUUCAAUCUGAAGUCAGUUCCUCAAUGUCCAAUUCUGGUAGUGUCCCUUCUGUAAAUUACAAACCUAAUCAAAAUGUCAAUUUGGAUUCCCAGUUUGCUGAACAACCAUUGAAUAAGAAGCAAGAUUCAGCUUCCUCUGCCAGUGUGGAUCAGAAAUCAAUUGAAAUGCUCACUCAGGCUUCUGCUGCUGAAGCUGAAGCUGUGAGCGCUGUCUGGCGGGCUGCAAGGGAAAAUAUCUCAGAUGAUGGAGAUUCAGAGUUUCCUAUCAUUGAUGAAACGUCAGGUGAAGAUGAUCUCUCAGAUGUUCCCGACUCCCUUGAGCCAGGUGUACGGCUUCAUCCUCGAGCGGUGGUGGUUGCUAAAGAGACUGUCGGCAACCUAGGAGGGCUUGUAAGGCAGCUUUCACUGGAUCAGUUUGAGAAUGAGAGUAGAAGAAUGUACCCAACAAAUGUUGAACAAACUUAUCCAACAAAAAAGUUCUUGAACAGGCAGAAAUCUCCUGAAGGCUUGCAUAAGAAGGUUAUAUCACAUUUGCUCAGACCAAGAAAUUGGAAGCCUCCUGCUAAUAGAAGAUUUUUCCUUGAUUCCUAUGAAGUUGGUGAACUUUGUCAUGCCGCGGAACAGAUUUUUAGGCAGGAACCAACAGUUUUGCAACUAAAAGCUCCAGUUAAAGUAUUUGGUGAUCUUCAUGGUCAAUUUGGUGAUCUUAUGAGAUUAUUUGAUGAGUAUGGCUCUCCCUCGACCGCCGGAGACAUAACGUACAUAGACUAUCUAUUUUUGGGGGAUUAUGUGGACAGGGGUCAGCAUAGCUUGGAGACAAUAACUCUACUACUUGCUCUGAAAAUAGAGAAUCCAGAGAACAUUCACCUGAUCCGAGGAAACCACGAAGCAGCUGACAUCAAUGCCCUUUUUGGUUUUCGUCUUGAAUGCAUUGAGAGAAUGGGGGAAAGUGACGGGAUAUGGGCAUGGACACGCUUUAAUCAACUUUUCAACUACCUUCCACUUGCAGCUCUCAUAGAGAAGAAGAUUAUCUGUAUGCAUGGUGGUAUUGGGAGGUCCAUAAAUUCUGUUGACCAAAUAGAGAAGCUUGAAAGGCCUAUUAACAUGGAUGUUGGAUCUAUUGUCUUAAUGGAUCUUCUUUGGUCUGAUCCCACAGAGAACGAUAGCAUAGAGGGUUUGAGACCAAAUGCAAGAGGACCUGGGCUUGUCACAUUUGGGCCUGACCGUGUCACUGAGUUUUGCAAAAGAAACAAGUUACAACUCAUAAUAAGAGCUCAUGAAUGUGUCAUGGAUGGCUUUGAAAGGUUUGCCCAAGGGCAACUAAUCACCUUAUUUUCAGCAACUAAUUAUUGCGGGACUGCUAACAAUGCUGGGGCGAUACUCGUAGUUGGUAGAGGGUUGGUUAUUGUUCCAAAGCUGAUUCAUCCACUUCCGCCACCGCUUCAAUCGCCAGAGUCUUCUCCUGAGCAUGUCCUAGAGGACACGUGGAUGCAGGAACUUAACAUUCAGAGGCCACCGACUCCAACUCGAGGCCGACCCCAAUCAGCUAAUGACCGGAGUUCUCUGGCUUACAUUUAACCGCAGUUUGGUUGAAAUUUCUUCCGUAUCUAUUAACGUAUAUUGUGCAUUGUUACAGCGUACCAUCUGUACAUGAUCUGUAAGCCAUAAAGGUGAUCCCGUGUUUAUUUGUAUGACUUUGUUCCAAAUUCCACGAACAGGCUUUGGUGGAAUUUACAUCCCCUUAAAUUAUAAAGCUUUGUGCGGGCGAUGGAGAUAUAAAAAUUGUCUCCAUGCCCUCCUGAUCUGUUCUUUCUUGCUCUUUCUGAUUAA